UUAUUUUCGCAGUUAUAUAAAGUAGCAAAUUAUCGUUCCUGAAUAGGUGGCGCCGUGGUAGCGGAUCCUGUUCCUCUUCUUCCGGUUUCUACACUGUGCAACUAUUUCAGUUAUAUUUUUAAUUAACGAUGCCAAAUACUUGUUGUUGUGUACCUGGAUGUCAUUUAAGAGGAGGACAUGCAUUUCCAAAUGACUUAAAAAGAAGGAAAAGUUGGAUCAACGCCAUGGCCCAUACGCAGAUUGGACGAGAACACGAUGAUAUCGUGGAGUCCAUCUCAAUCAGCUGUUGUUUGCAAGGCACGUUUUACUGAAAAAGACUACGUGCAGGAAACUAUUCAUGGGCGCAAACCCACCAUACAGAGACUUAAGUCUACUGCAAUUCCCAGCCUAUUUUCCUGGACCAAGCAAGAGACUGAAUCGUCCGCAAAAAGAAAAAUCAGGGCAGUUUCCUGUGAAAACAAAAGAACUAAACUUGAUGAAUAUUGUAGUAGAAAUCUAGAGGAAAGUUUUGAUUGUAAAGUUUGUUUUCCUGAAGAAGUCAUUCAUACUGCAGAAAGGAUUUAUGACUGUCCACCACCAACUGCCGAGCUAAUGUUGAGCUUCACAGAUGGAAUAUAAUUAAUUAUGCAAACACCAUCAAUGCCUAUGUUUUCAGCAGAGAAUUUUGAAAUGAAGACACGUGACACAGCCAUGCAUUUUUAUACCGGUUUAGAGUUGUAUACUAAAUUUUUAUUUGUUUUGACCACACUUGGUCCAGCAGUACAUUGUUUGAGAUACAUAUAUUUUCAAAUUGAUAGGGUGUCAGUUGAAAAUCAGUUUUUUUAUGACUUUGGUGAAAUUGAGGCAUCAUACAACCAACUUUGAACUGUCUAUAUUCUAGAUUGAAUCUAGUGUUAAGAAUAUUGUGUAUACAUGGAUUGUUUUUAUGUCUAAACAGUGGUGUGAGGCUAACACUUGGCCAUCUAGUGGUUUAGUCAGGUAUUUUUCACCAUCCAACUUCAAAUUAAAGUUUCCUACGACUUGGAUUAUUAUUGACAGCACAGAAUAUCCCGUGAUAAAACCUAAAGCUCCUAGAGCUCAGGCAACCUUUUCAUCAAAUAAAAACAGAAACACUGAAAAUUCUUGAAUGUUCGACACCUGGUGGUUUAGUCAACUAUGUCUCUAUGUCACAUAGAGCGAAUUAUUGGACUUGGCAAAACAUACAAAAUUCUAAUAAAUCCUAUGAAUGGAACUGAAACAAAACUUUCAUCUGAAAUAACAUUUAGUUGUUUUAUGUUGUUUAAUUUUAGAACUUGUAUUGUGCCAAAGGAUGCAUAAAUAAAAGUGACGCAAUGAA